GAGCCACUGGAGGACUGGAGUCACAACUGCAUCCACUUUACCCAAGAGAGACCACCGGCCAGCAGAGCGUCCAUCAUUCAAUCACCAGGGAUUAAACAAAGCCUGUUCCAGAGGCGAUGCGAGACACACUGGGACUGUUGUCACAGGGCGGCUGGACGGGGCCGGACAGAGCUCAGUCCGGACCUGCGGACACAAUGUCAGAGGGCCACGUUACCGUGCUGAAUGUGGAGCAGAGCCAACCCGCCUCCAGCCCGCUGAAGAGACUCUACUGCAAAAACGAGGGGCAUCACCUGAGGGUCCUGCCCAGCGGAGCGGUGGACGGCAGCAGGCACCACAACGACGUGCACACUGUUCUAAAGGUGAAAUCUGUGAGUGUAGGUGUGGUGGUCAUCAAAGGGCAUGAGACUGGACGUUACCUGGCCAUGGACAAAAGUGGGAAACUUUAUGGUGCGUCCACGCUGAACGACGAGUGCUACUUCAUCGAGAAGUACGAGGAGAACCACUACAACACCUACAGGUCACACAAGUAUCAGCAGCUCGGUGACUGGUACAUGGGCAUCAAGAAAAGUGGGCAGACAAAAAAUGGCUCCAAGACCCACAAAGGCCAGAAUGCUGUCUACUUCCUGCCCAUCCCAAUCCAGUGAACCCCAGUGUCCUUGCCCUGUAGAGAUCGGGAUCAGCAAGACCAAUACAGUAUGACAUAUGACCAAGACUAAGAAACCUACAAACAGCGCAGUAUAUUUUUUCUAUAGACAACAUGAAGCUUUCUAUUAUAAUAAUUUAUUCUGUUUUUCUUCUUGUAUAUAUAAAGUAAAGAGAGGAAUCAAAGUGUGU